UUCCUGGUUGGAUUGGCAGAAGGGCAGCAGGUCUCGGGCCGGGGGAUUGUCAAGAUAGUGAAGAGGGGCGCUAUGGCCUGUGCCCUCGUUCCUUUCUGCAGCUUCCAGGACCUGGAGUCGGCCAGGGAUUUCUUGUGUUCGCAUCUCCGACAGGGCGGCGCUGGAGCUACCGGGGGCGUCAAGGAAAGUAGUUGCGGUAAGGCUGCAAACUGGGAAGAUGAUGACUGGGGAGCCUGGGAGGAAGGAGGAGACGUGCAGGAACCUGAAGAAGAAGAAGAGUCUGCUUCCAAGAUACAGGCAAGUUCCUGGCUUCAGGACUGUGUUGUAUCCUUGUCGCCAACAAAUGAUCUCAUGGUAAUAGCUCGUGAGCAGAAAGCUGUGUUUUUUGUGCCAAAAUGGAAGCACAGUGAAAAAGGGAAAGAAGAAAUGCAAUAUGCCGUUGGCUGGAGUGGCUCUUUAAAUGUCGAAGAAGGUGAAUGUGUAAGCAGUACAUUGUGUAUCCCGCUGGCAAGUCAAAAGAGGAGCUCCACAGGCCGACCUGACUGGACCUGUAUUGUUGUAGGCUUCACCUCUGGCUACGUUCGCUUCUACACAGAGAAUGGAGUACUGCUUCUGGCACAGCUUUUAAAUGAAGAUCCAGUCCUGCAGCUUAAAUGCAGAACAUACGAUAUUCCCCGGCAUCCUGGAGUUACUGAACAGAAUGAGGAAAUGAGUAUCUUAUAUCCUUCUGCAGUUGUGACAAUUGAUGGUUUCAGCCUAUUUCAGUCCCUCCGUGCUUGUCGAAAUCAGGUGGCAAGAGCUACAGCUUCAGGUAAUGAGAAUGUUCAGCCACCUCCAUUAACUUAUAAGAAAUGGGGCUUGCAGGAUGUGGAUACCAUAGUCGAUCAUGUUAGUAUUGGUAUCAUGACUCUGUCACCUUUUGAUCAAAUGAAGACUGCUUCCAACAUUGGUGGAUAUCAUGCUGCUAUAAAGAAUAGCCCUCCUGCUAUGUCUCAGUACAUCACUGUAGGGUCAAAUCCUUUCGCUGGUUUCUUUUAUGCCCUUGAGGGUAGUUCGCAGCCACUCUUGUCUCAUGUUGCUUUAGCUGUUGCAAGCAAGCUGACAUCUGCGUUAUUUAACGCUGCCAGUGGUUGGCUUGGCUGGAAGCACAAACAGGAAGAAGAGUCAAUACAGAAGCAGAAACCCAAAGUAGAGCCGGCGACUCCUUUAGCUGUAAGGUUUGGAAUUCCAGAUUCCCGCCGUCAUGGCGAGAGGAUAUGCCUUUCUCCCUGUAACUCUCUGGCUGCAGUAACUGAUGAUUUUGGAAGGGUUCUUCUGUUGGAUGUUGCAAGAGGACUCGCUAUUCGCAUGUGGAAGGGGUACCGUGAUGCACAGGUUGGAUGGAUUCAGAUUGUGGAAGAUCUUCAUGAAAGGGAAUCUGAAAAGAUGGAUUUUUCUCCUGUUGGCAGUUCUCAAGGGCCAAGCAGAGUGGCUCAGUUUCUGGUGAUUUAUGCCCCCAGAAGAGGAAUUCUGGAGGUGUGGAGCACACAACAGGGUCCAAGGGUUGGAGCCUUCAAUGUAGGGAAACACUGCAGGUUACUGUAUCCUGGCUAUAAAAUAAUGGGCCUGAACAGCAUAACGAGUAAGGGCUGGCAGCCUCAAACUUACCAGAUCUGCCUUGUUGAUCCAGUGUCAGGAACAGUAAAAACUGUUCACGUACCUUUCCAUUUAGCACUGAGUGAUAAGAAAAGUGAACGAGCAAAAGACAUGCAUCUAGUGAAGAAGUUAGCUGCUUUGCUGAAAGCUAAAACAUUAAAUCUCGAUGUGAUUGAGGCAGAAGUGAAGGAAUUAAUUCUUGAUAUUAAAUAUCCUGCUACUAAAAAACAGGCUUUGGAGAGCAUCCUCGCAAAUGUGCGUUUGCCACUUUCUUCUCUAACAACCAUCACACAGACGUUGAUGGAUACCUUAAGAAAUCAGGAGGGAGAGUGUGUCGAUGAAGGACUACUACUGUUCUGUGCAAACAAGUUGAAGCUACUGCAACUUCAUGAGUCCGUCAACAAGAUAAAUUGUGUGUCCAUGCCGCUGGAGAUGGUACCAUCUGAUAAUGACUUGGCUAAAUUACUCAGGUUAGAUGAAAAAGCAUUUACUAGGCUGCAGAUGCUCCUGGAGAACUACAAGGUGCAGGACACCCAACUUUCUGUCCAUUUUGCGGAGGAUAAAGAUGGAGUGCUGCCUGUGAAAACUUUCUUAGAGCAUUUGGAGUGUGAAAAAGACACGGUUGAUGUGAAGAAGCUUGAGGAAAGAGAAUAUGUGGCUUUAGGAAGUUUUUUUUUCUGGAAAUGUUUACAUGGCAAAAGUUCAACAGAAGAAAUGUGCCAUAUCUUGGUAUCAGCAGGAUUUAGUCCCCAACAGUUACUGUCGCUGCUUCUCAGUGUGUGGCUUUCCAAGGAAAAAGAUAUUCUUCAUGGGACACAGACCAUUUGCUGUCUUCAUGCUGCAUUGUCCCUUCUGAGCAAAAUGACUACUGCUGUUGAUGAGUCAUGGGAUUCCCAGUCAGUCUCCCCCUGGUGGCAGCAAAUGCGCACGGCCUGUGUUCAGUCUGAGAAUAACGGAGCUGCCUUAUUAUCAGCUCAUGUUGGGCAUUCUGUAACAGCCCAGAUAACUGAUAGCAUAGCAGAGAAAAAGUUUUCCCAGAUAACUUUAGGUGCUGACACAGACCCUUGGGAAGCGCUCUCCCUUGAUACGGAGUACUGGAAGCUUCUGCUGAAGCAGUUAGAAGACUGCCUGAUACUUCAGACCCUCCUGCAUAGUAAAGUGAGCAAGAAGAGAAGUCAGGUGCCAUCUGUGCAGACUGAGCCACUUGGCAAACUGUCUGUAAAGAAGCUGCUCCAAGGAGGAAAAGGAGGCAUUGCCGAUAGUGUAGCAAAAUGGGUUUUCAAGCAAGACCUGAGUCCACUAUUACUUCGAUUGGGAUGGAAAAAAGAAAGUGAAGAAGAACUUCCAGAGACUGGUAGUAUCCUUGUAGUUGAGGGUGAGGAAGACCAGGCUGGACUAGAAUCCAUACUAGAAUUGCUGCAUUUAGCAUAUCAGCAGUUUCCUUGUAGCCUGGAACUGGAUGUACUCCAUGCGCACUGCUGUUGGGAGUAUGUUGUGCAGUGGAACAAAUACCCAGAGGAAGCACACUUUCUCACGAGGUCUAUAGAUCAUCUCAGAUGCAUUGAUAAUGCUCAUGUCCAGCAUGGAAUUGCCCUAAUGAUGUGGAACACUUUUAUAGUGAAGAGGCUUUCUGCUGCUACCUACUUAAUGGACAAGGUUGGAAAAGCACCGAAGGACAGAUUAUGCAGAAGGGACGUAGGGAUGAGCGACUCUGCAAUGACGUCUUUUCUUGGCUGUUGCUCAGAUCUUCUUCAGACUCUCAUGGAGGCUGACAUACGGAGCGAUGAAAUGCAACUUCCUGUGCUGGAUACAGAAGAUGCAUGGGCAUCUGUCGAAGGCCAGAUCUCAUUGGUGGAAUUAGCCCUGGAGCAGAAACAUAUCCAUUACCCUCUUGUGGAGCACCAGUCCGUGCUCUGCACUGUUCUGUAUGGAAUCAUGAAGUUUUCAUUGAAGAGUGUGAAGCCCCUCUCUCUUUUUGAUAGUAAGGGCAAAAAUGCCUUUUUCAAAGACCUGACUUCAAUUCAGUUGCUGCCUAGUGGCGAGGUGGAUCCUGCUCUGUUGUCUCUGCGCCAUCAAUUCUUAACCAAACUGUUGACUGCGUUAGUACAAGCCCAGUCUUCAUCCCGGAAAAAUAAAGGUAGCCCAGAAGAGGCGGUAAUCCUGUCAGUGAAAGAUAGAGAUUGGCCGGCACUGACUGUGGACUUGGCUCAGCGCCUUCAGGUCAAUGAGGAUGCGAUUAGGCGGCACUACGUGUGUGAACUUUAUAAUUAUGGCCUAGAUCAUCUUGGAGAAGAGGCUAUUCUUCAAGUGCAUGACAAGGAAGUCCUUGCAUCUCAGCUGCUGGUGCUGACAGGCCAGAGGUUGGCCUAUGCAUUGUUGCACACCCAGACCAAGGAAGGUAUGGAGCUGCUUGCUAGGCUGCCCCCAACACUCUGCACUUGGCUUAAAGCUAUGGACCCCCAGGAUCUUCAAAAUGUAGAAGUGCCAAUCGCUACAACUGCAAAGCUCGUUGACAAAGUGAUAGAACACUUACCUGAAAACCAUGGGCAGUACAGCGUUGCCUUGAAUCUAAUUGAGGCAGUGGAAGCUAUGUCAUGACAGCCAGUACUACCAGUUUCACUUGAUCGUUUCAAACUGUUCUCUAGGAUAAGAUAAAACACAUGGCUCUUUUACAUACAGAAGCAGAGAGGUCUAGAGGUGAAAAAUUCCAAGAGACUUACUUAUGAACUAACGUAUGUCCUGGGCUUUUAGGAGGUGGGACAUUCUGCGUUUCUGUGGUAGCAGUCUGUCUCUUGUAUAUUUGUCUAUACCCUUAAAUAUUUAUUUCUGAAUUUAGUCACUUGUGCUGUAGUUUAGGUUUCAGAGCAGUUGUCCUGCUGCUUCAAUUCACUUGUUAGAAUUUUUCAUAUGCUAAAGGUAAGAAAUUAGAUGUUGCUUAAUGACUAAGUUAAUCAGAAGCCAGCCCCACAUCUCAAACACCUGCAUUUUAUUAAUGUUGCUUAGAAGAGCUUCUGGUUUAACAAAGGAAAUGGCCUGGCAAGACGCCUACAGCACACAAGCAUCAUGUUAAGACCUAACUGGGUCAUUCGAAGUGGCUGCUGGGUGCGCCUCCGAUGUUUUGUGUUCUACAUUAAUGUAGAUACUGAACCAUAUUUCCUCUUGGCUCUUUGACCAUUGAUGGAACAACAAUCAGGAAUCUAAUCAAGUUCCACGGAAACACCUGUCUUUUGUGACUCUUCCCCCUCUGCUGUACAACUUACUGUAAAAAAAUUGUAAAUUGUGUCCAGCACUAGGCUUCCUGUGUUGAGACUUCUGCUCCCCUUAUAGCUGUUCAAGAUAUUGAAAUUGUCAGAACUGAUAAUCUGUAUUUUGGAAGGCAAUUUACAGGUGAUCCCUGAAAGCUCUAGAUAUCUUCAAAUGGUAGCACUACAGAAGCUGUAAUGGUUGCUUCAAAGGCACAUAAUGAUGCUAGCUCUUCAAAGGAAGCUAGCAAUCCUGUGAGGAACACUCGAGUCUAACCAGCUGAACUGAAGAAUCAUUAGCUUGAGACUUGCCUCUGAUAGGGUGCUUUUCUGUUAAGUUAAUCAGAUCACAGUGAGUGAAGACAUAAACAACGUGUAAUUAGGACUAGGGUGAACACAAAUUGUGUUCUCAUUACAAGGUCAGUGUAAAAACUGCCAUGUAAAGCAGGGGUAGAAUUGACUCCAUCUAUAAUGUAUUAAAGGAUUUUAUAUACUAA